CUUGCCGGCCCUUACCGGGAUGGCCCCCAAAUCCCCAGACUCUGUAGAGGGGCUUCGCGCCGCCGGCAACCAGAGCUUCCGCAACGGCCAGUAUACCGAAGCCGCCGCGCUCUACAGCCGCGCGCUGCGGGUACUGCAGGCGCGAGGUUCUGCAAACCCUGAAGAAGAAAGUGUCCUCUACUCCAACCGAGCCGCGUGCCACUUGAAGAAUGGGAACUGCUCAGACUGCAUCAAAGAUUGCACUUCAGCACUGGACUUGGUUCCCUUUGGCAUUAAGCCCCUGCUACGACGAGCAGCUGCCUACGAGGCGCUGGAGAAGUAUCCGCUGGCCUGUGUCGACUACAUGACUGUGCUGCAGAUUGAUAAGAAUAUGACGUCAGUCCUGGAGGGCAUCAACAGAAUGACCAGAGUGCUCAUGGACUCACUUGGGCCCGACUGGCGUCAGAAGCUGCCUCCCACCCCAUUGGUGCCUGUUUCAGCUCAGAAGAGAUGGGAUUCCAUGCCGCGGGAGAACCACAAAGAUUCCGCUAAAAGCAAAUCCAAAGAGACCACAACAGCAAAGAACCAAGGGCCUUCUGCUGGGGAUGUGGAGAGAGCCAAGGUUCUGAAGGAAGAAGGCAAUGAGUUUGUAAAGAAGGGACACCAUAAGAAAGCUAUUGAGAAGUACAGUGAAAGUCUCUCCUGUAGUCACUUGGAACCUGCCACCUAUACCAACAGAGCGCUCUGCUAUCUGGCCCUGAAGCAGUACAAGGAGGCAGUGAACGACUGCACUGAUGCCCUCAAGCUGGACGGAAAGAAUGUGAAGGCAUUUUACAGACGGGCGCAAGCUUACAAGGCACUUAAGGACUAUAAAUCCAGCCUUGCAGACAUCAGCAGCCUCCUGGAAAUUGAACCCAAGAACGGCCCUGCUCAGAAGUUACAGCAGGAAGUUAACCAGAGCUUAAAAUAA